AUGGCCUACGUAGAGCCAGCAGCAGCAGGUGCAGCAGAAGCAGCAGCAGCAGCUGCUGCUGCGGUCACAAAUGGUGCAGCAGCUGACCAACUAGACUAUACAGGAGGAACAGCAGCCGCCGCCGCAGCAGCAGCAGCCGCAGCAGCAGCCGCAGCAGCAGCAGCUGCUGCUGCAAAAGCAAUUGAGCGAAAAGUAGCUUUAGAGUCUUCCCGCGAUGAGGUUUUGGCCCGCAGCAAGAGCAGCAGCAGCAGCAGCAGCAGCAGCAGCAGCAGCAAGGUGCGGCCGCUGCUGCCAGUGCCCAGUGUAAUUUGUCUGCCGCUGCCCUCUCCAGCAGCACUUGCUGAGCUUUUGCUGCUGCUCUCUCGGCUGCUGAAGGGGCUGCCGUCUGCUGCUGCUGCAGUUCCAGAAGGGUUGCUGCCUGCUGCUGCGUGGCGGCUGGUGGUUGCUGCUGCUGCUGCUGCAGUCAGCGACAUGCACGCGCAGCUGCGCCGGCAGCAAGCCUGUGCUGCUGCUGCUGCUGCUGCUGCUGGCGCCGCCGUCGAGUGCCUCCUGGCAGAGGGGCUGUUGCAUCCGGAGCAGCUCGAAGCAGCAGCAGCAGCUGCUGCUGCUGCUUCGAGCUGCUGCAGCACGGCCAGGGAGGGGCAUCUAGGGCUCCCCGCUGCCACAGCAGCAGGGGCCCCAAGGCUCUUUACUACUCUGCGCUUUGUCUUCGACCAGCAGCAGCAGCAGCAGCAGCAGCAGCAGCAGUCCGGCGGCCCGCGCAGCGAGAGCAGCAAGCAGCAGCUGCUGCUGCUGCGGCUUCUGUGCCGGGCAGCAGUGCUGCAGCAGAGCGUGGAGACCCUAAAGGCAGCAGAUGCUGUUGGCUGCGUCCUUGCUGUGGCUAUUGGCAGAGACACUCACAGCAGCUGCUGCUGCAGCGGCGGCAGCAGCAGCAGCAGCAGAAGCAGCAGCAGCAGCAGCAGCAGCAGCAUCAGCAAAUAUCGCGGCAGCUGGCGGUUUCGAGCCGAAGCUCUAAAGACCUUAGGGGGGCUGUUGUCUCACUCAGAGCUCAUGGAGGUAUUCCUUGCAGCUGGUGGCCAGGCUCAGCAGCAGCAGCAGCAGCAGCAGCAGCAGCAGCAGCAGCUACUGGCUGGAGACCUGGCAGCAGCCGGCGGGGAGCCGGGGGCGUUCGGGCCUAAAAAGGAAUGGUACGCGACGCCUUCGGCAUUCAGGAAGGGCUGCAGCAGCAGCAGCAGCAGCAGCGGCAGCAGCGGCAGCAGCAGCAGCAGCAGCAGCGGCAGCAGCAGCAGCAGCAGCGGCAGCAGCAGCAGCAGCAGCAGCAGCAAAGAGGGCGCGUGCUACUUAGACAUGUUCCGAGAGGCCUUGGCCUCCGAUGUGGCCCUUUCUCGCCGGGCCUUAAAGAGACUUGUGGGGUUUGUGGUGCUGCGGGUGGAGGCUUGGAAGUGCUUCAGAGCUGUCAGCAGCAGCUGCUGCCAGCUGCUGCCCCCAGCAGCAGCAGCAGCAGCAGCAGCAGCAGCAGCAGCAGCAGCAGCAGGGUGUGGCGAGGAGAUGAGUGUCAAGAGAGAGGUGGGGCUCGAGGGCGAGACGGAGGUAGAGGAGACAGACCCUCUUUCAGCUCUUUCUUUUUCUGCUGCCAAUGCGCCGCACAGUUCAGCAGCAGCAGCAGCAGCAGCAGCAGCAGCUGGGGAAGGAGAUGACCCCGGCUUUUUGGAGCAGCUGCUGCUCGACGGGGAAGGGAAAGUUGCUGCUGCAGCAGACGCCCUUGAGCGCUGCUUGCUGCUGCUGCAGGAGGUGUCUCUUUCCCCCCUCAGUGCUGCUUCUCGAGUAGACGACUCCGUAGAGGUAACUGCAGCAGCAGCAGCAGCAGCAGCAGCAGCAGCAGCGCUGCAGCAGCACGCAAGCAGCACAGCAGCUAGGCAGUUUGUGUCUGUAGCAGCAGCAGCAGCCGUCCAGUGUGUGCUCCGAGCAGCAGAUGCAGCAGAAAGAGAUGGGAGAAGAAGGCAGCACAGAAAGAUAUGA